CUCACCGCGCCAAUUCAUGGUCUCCCUUGCAAAAAAUAUAGCUUGCUAACGGUCUCGUUGACCCGUUCUCAACAAGGAAAUGAGAAGGAGGAGAAGAUAUUCUAGCUAAAACGUAAUUUUCAGCAUUUUAACACGCCACAAUGGCAUUUGCCAUUUAUUAUUUUAAGGACAAGACUGUGGAAGUUGGGAAGAUUUCAUGGAUGAGUACUGACGACCAGCAACAAUGUCCAAAAGUAAUCACUCAGUGCCCUGAUCUAGAAGAAGAAAACGGAUGGAUGGCGAUAAAGUGCGUCAUGAAAGGCAGAAAAAGACGGUCAGACGGUCCAGCCUUUUUCCCAGCAAAGGUUUUGAUGGUUGGUGACAACUACAGUGAUCUCUGCAAGAAGAGGCAGGAAUUCAUAAAUGGUGAAGACAUCUGGGAAGAAGCAACCAAGAGGACGAGUAAGCCGAACAGCAAGGGGAAAGAUGUGGAAGAGGAUCAUGAAGUUCCAUCUAAAAAGAAGAGAAAGAAGUCAACGUGUGCUGAAAAACAGUCUGCAAACCAAAUGAUAGAAGAGCUGAAGAAGCAGCUGGCAAACAAAAUAUCUUCAGAGUCGACUAACUCAAAUGAGGAGUCAUCAGAUGAGGAGCAGCUGCCCAGAAACUGGAGUGGGGUACAGAAGAAAGUGACAGAGCUUAAGAGAGAAAUCAAGAGCCUGAAAGCAGACCAUGGGAAAGAGAUACUACAUGCUAUGAGAGAGCUUCCAGCAGUAGUGACAACGCUGAAAGAGAUCAUAGAAAAACUCACAGUUCAGAUCUCAACUCCUGCAUCCACCUGGUCAACACCCACACCAGAUCGACAAGUUUGUGCACCCGCCUCUCCUCAAGUGUUGUCUGACCCUGAUGAUAUGGUGCCUCUUACGCCAGGUUCUGAUGUAAAAGUUCCAAGACUAAAGCUGAAGUCUCUGCGGACUGCAAGUUCAACUUUGUACAUUGGGGAUCUUGCGGUGCUCAUCUAUGGUAAAAACACACUGGCCAACUCAAGUUUGACCGGGAGGAAGUUCAGGGCCCACAAAGAUGUGAAAUCAAAGCCACAACUGGAUCAAAUCAAGCUUGAUGCUAUAUUUGCCCAUGCACAGACGAAAUUUCCUGACACCACCAUGCAAGAUGUGAGACAAAUCAUAGGAAAGAAAUGCAACAACAUAAGCUACGCCAACCAAAUAAAUGAAAAGAAGUCAUAAAAGUACAGAUUUUGUUUCUAUCUAGUUAUUUAUUUUUGGUUCCAAAGGUGUGCACUUUUCUUUUACCUUUUUUGACAAGGAAGGACUUUAGUUCUUUUUAGUACAUUUUUACAAGCACAAGUUUUGCUUUACCACUUUUUACAAAUAAGGACUUGAUCUUGGAGAGACCAUUAUGUCUACACACAGCACCUGUAAAAUGUGUUUAUGUUUAUUACUGCACUGUGUUGUUCAUGUCACUACAAUGACCACAAUGCUGUGGGUUUGUCAUGGGUAUGUUGUGAUAUUGAAUACUGUACAUGUCAACCAAUCAAAUGUCUUUGUUUGUUUGCUUUCAUUUGAAUUUUAUACUCAGCCAAUGAUUAUUUCUUAUUUGUUUAUGCCUGCGAAAUUGCGGUGAAACUAAAGGUUCCAUCACCUUAGUGAGGAGAAGGGUAGUGAGUUCCAGUCUGCCUGGAGUAAAGAGAGGUCACUGUUUCUCCUGCUCCGCCUGUCAGUGCUGUUUCGUGGAGACUUAGCGGUGAUUUUAUGUACCCCGGCCCACGAAUGGUGAAUUGUGCGAGUGAGUCACGUUUAUGGUGAUCAGUUUGGUGUGCUUCGUGUCUCUCGUCGGGUCUUGUUCAACUUGCCUCAGAGCUUACUGUUGAGCUAGUGCUAGUGGUCGUUAGCUACUUGUUGCAGUUUUCCGUCGGAGACUAACUCGUUUAUACCUCCUGUGCUGGACCCACCGGAGCUACCCCUACGACUGCUUCUCCGCCGGUGCUGAGCCCACCGGAGGACCAACCGCCCUGCUACUGCUGGUGUUGCUAGCUACGUUGGCUAGAUCAAGGCAGCUGCUUGCCUCCCGUCUGCACCUGGACAACGGUCGUCGGUUUGGCUGAGUGGAGUGAAACUGUUUGUUCGUGAGUACACUUACACUGACACACACACACACACACACUCGCCGAGCGACCGGCGAGUCGGAUGGGCAUUGUAGUGGUUGCUACCUUGCCUUUCAGCUCAUAGAGCUGACUUCAGUGCACCAACGAGCUCCAACAGAAAGCCAGCUUGGGGGUUAUAUAUAUUAAGACACGUAUGGGGGUUAACAUACGGUCUGUUAGCUUUAAUGUUCAGCUGUAGCAGCUAAGUUAGGUUCCCUUCAGAGUGAAUUGUUCACUCGCAAGUCUGCUUGUCAGGGUUCUGUAGCUGCUAUCACUUUUACUUCUUAUCGAAGCUAUUUACUAAAUAAAUAUUUGAUUAUUAUAUUUCAUUAACUUUGGCUGUAUUGGCAAUUCAUCUCUGUAUGCAUCCACCACUAGUGUAAUUACUACUUACACAUACAUUAUAUAUUUUUAUUCUGUAGGAAUACAUUAUACACUAGCCUAAGGUAAGUGUAGUAUUUUUACAGUGGAGGCACCGCGCUAUUGAAUGUAUUGUCUUUAAUUAUUAGCCUACUGGUAUUCAGGAAUCUCAGCCAACUCAUCAUUCCACCGCUGAGAAUUCAGGAUACUGUUUGCGCCAAUGUUUUAUACUGAUUGUAACUAGUGCCUGUGCACACCCGUUAAGAAGGGGUUACAUACAUGCAACAUGCACUUUUUCCUUUCAUUUUCUCCAUUAAGGAAAUACUUGGUUUCAUAGGUCUUUGUUUUUGAAAUGUUUGAAAAUAUAUCAAACUUGUUUUCAACAUUCUGUCUUGUGAUUUU